AUGGACGGCCCAUCGACGGACGGUGCCACGACGCAUGACUGCAUUGUCAUUGGUGCGGGAUACUCUGGCCUCGCAGCCGCACGGCUCCUGAAGGACUCGGGGAAGAAGGUCCUUGUCCUCGAAGCGCGCGACCGCGUCGGCGGACGCGCAAAGACGGUGCACCUCGAGAAUGGCGACUACUGGGACGUCGGGGCGACGUUUCUCGGGCACAAGCAGGACUUGAUGUACGAGCUUGCCAAGGAAUUCGACGUGCCCGUUUUCAAACACCCGACCGAGGGCAAGAUCGUGCUGGCGUACCGGGGGAAGGCACGCAGCUACAGCGGCUUGAUUCCUCCCAUGCGGCCAUGGGAGGUUCUCGAUAUUGGAAUGUUUGUCCGGAAAUUUGAAAAGCUCUGCGACACCGUCAACAUGGAGGAGCCGUGGAAGACGCCGAACGCGGAGGCUCUGGACCGGAUGACUGUGCAUGAGUGGAUGAAGAAGAAGGCCUGGACGCAGGCGACGAUUGACAUGGGCAACAUGGCGUUCGAAUCAACCAUUGCGGCAAACACAUCCUGCAUCUCCAUGCUUCAUGCCAUGUUCUUCUUCAAGGGGCUUGUAAACUUUACCUCGGCGUGUGGUGUAGAAGGGGGAGCACAGGAGCAUUUCGUUAAGGGCGGUGGUCAGCUGAUUGCGGAGAAGCUAAGGGGGUAUCUUGGUGAUGAUCUGGUCCGACUGCAGGAGCCGGUUCGGUCCGUUUCUUACACGGAGAGCGGUGCGACAGUGCGGACAUCGAAAGGGGAGUAUCAGACCAGGAGGAUCAUCUCGGCGAUUCCGCCCCCACAUAUCCUGAAGAUUGACUUUGAACCGAGACUGCCGGUCGAAAAGGUUACAUUGCUUCAGCAUACGCCAAUGGGGGCCUACAUGAAGGUCUUUGCGACUUACAAAACGGCCUUCUGGAGAGACAAGGGGUUGACAGGAGAGAGCACGAAUCCGACAGGGUUUCUGAGUGUUACAUACGAUGCGACGCCGGAGUCAGGAUACCCUCCCAAGCUCACCGGAUUCAUCGUCGGCAGCAAGGCGAGGGAGUUUAUCAGCUUCAGCAAAGAGCAAAGACGACAAGUGGCCCUGGCGGGGUUUGCUUCUGCGUUUGGACAGGAGGCCUUAGAUCCUGAGGAUUUCUUUUUUCACACAAUGAUGGAGGAUGAGUGGGCUACAGGAUGUCCGAUGGCGACUCCUGCCCCGGGAAUGUGGACAUUGCUAGGCGAAUGGGUUCGGAAACCUGUUGGUGCUAUUCACUGGGCCGGCACGGAGACAUCGACAAAGCACUAUGGCUACAUGGAGGGAGCGGUUUUCGCGGGGCAGAGAGCUGCGAAGGAGGUGCUGGAAGAGUUGAAGUGGAAGAUUUGA